ACUGCCUGAUUUUCCUUCUGUGCCUCUCAGAAGUGGAGAACGUUGCCCCCAGCUCCUGUCUCCUAAAAUGCGCCACAACGCAUGACAGAGGGACCAGCGUCCAAAGUGGUGGGGUUUUUCCUUCUCAGGGACUGUCCUCGCUGUCGCUGUCGCCCAGCAGCCAAGCUAAGGAGUUGCCUCUGCUCCCCACCGCCCUGCUUUCCUUGGCUUCAGAACUUUCUCCAUCUCCACAGCGGGACAUGGAAGAGCGCUAUAUCUCCAGACUGCACCCCACAGGGGAUUAUGGAGCAGGGGUGUUUCUUUUGGUUAUAGGCAUCCUGACAGUUCUGGGGAAUUCAGCUGUCCUGGCAGUAGCUGUGAAGCGCUCCUCCCAUCUCAGGUCACCUGAGCUCCUGACGGUUAAUUUGGCCGUAACCGAUCUUGGAAUGGCCAUCAGCAUGUAUCCCCUAGCUAUUGCUUCUGCUUGGAACCAUGCCUGGCUGGGGGGCGAUGCAACUUGCAUUUAUUAUGCCCUGAUGGGUUUCCUGUUUGGUGUCGCCAGCAUGAUGACCUUGUCUGUGAUGGCUGUAAUCCGCUUUCUUGUAACCCACUCUUCAAAGUCCAAUAGUAAUACAAUCAACAGAAAAGUCAUCCAUGUUUCUAUUGCCUUGAUCUGGCUGUAUGCAGCCCUCUGGGCCAUGUUGCCUCUGCUAGGCUGGGGGCAUUACGGCCCAGAACCAUUUGGCACUUCCUGCACCAUAGCCUGGAGCCAGUUCCACAACUCGGCUAAUGGGCUUUCCUUUAUUCUGAGCAUGUUCAUUCUGUGUACAAUUCUGCCAGCAAUUACCAUCACCAUCUGUUACUUGGGUAUAGCCUGGAAGGUUCAUAAAACCUAUCAAAAGAUGCAGAACUUCAACAGGACUUCAAAUGCAGCAAAGCUGGAGAAGAAAUUGACAUUGAUGGCUGUACUGAUCAGUGUGGGAUUCCUCAGCGCAUGGACACCAUAUGCCGCAGUCAGCUUCUGGUCAAUAUUUCACUCCAGUGAAUCAAUACCACCCAUCGUUACCUUGUUGCCAUGUCUUUUUGCUAAAUCCUCAACAGCCUACAACCCUUUCAUUUACUAUGCUUUCAGCAAAACUUUCCGGCGUGAAAUUAAGCGCCUCCAGUGCUGCUGUAGUCAGAAAGUUUACUUUAGCACCAAGCAUACCACCAAUAGCCAUGUGUCAGUGAUUUGGUCAGGAAGGGAUAACGCGCACAUUUCUUCAUUCAGAAAGACAGACAGUGGAGAAGUUCCAAAUCCAUCAGCUGCAGCUGCAGAAGUCUUAUUUGAAAACAUUGCUCUAAAGUCCAGAUCAUGAAAUCUCCCAGGGAAACACUGCAAGGGCAGUAAUUCCUAGGAAGUUUAUAAUAAACUGCUUGCAGGAUAAUUCCAAGGUCUCUGUUCUUUAAAAAAAAGACCUGCCAGCAAGAAAUGAGGAAUCUCAAGGAAUUUUGAGCACAUGGACUAAAUUAGAGUUUGCUAUAUUAAUAGCUGGCAGAGGAGGUAUUUAGGCAGUUAAAAGAGAUUGUAAUGUUA